GCAAAAGAAAAGAGCGAGAGAGGGAAUCGCGGGGAAGCAGUUCCACUUGUUCACAUCAUUUGUGGCGCUUUACGAAUGCAAGUGUACUCAACACCCGAACGCUUCCCACUUUGCUCUUCACCCAGAACAACGCCUUCUGUCUGCAAAUCUCCUCCCUCUCUCUCCACGGGAAUCUAGGCUAACCCGAUAAUGGCAGGCUAUAGAGCAGACGACGACUACGAUUACCUCUUUAAAGUUGUCUUGAUUGGCGAUUCCGGCGUCGGCAAGUCCAAUCUUCUCUCCAGGUUUACCAAGAACGAGUUCAACCUCGAGUCCAAGUCUACCAUUGGUGUUGAAUUCGCUACUCGCACCUUGAAUGUUGAUGCUAAAGUCAUUAAAGCUCAGAUCUGGGACACUGCGGGCCAGGAGAGGUACCGAGCAAUCACCAGUGCUUACUAUCGUGGGGCAGUCGGUGCACUUCUUGUGUACGAUGUCACUCGCCAUGCCACAUUUGAGAAUGUUGACAGAUGGUUGAAAGAAUUGCGAAACCACACAGAUUCCAACAUUGUUGUGAUGCUUGUUGGGAACAAGUCAGACCUUCGUCACCUUGUGGCAGUAACAACUGAAGACGGGAAGUCCUAUGCCGAGAAGGAAUCACUAUACUUCAUGGAAACCUCAGCUCUGGAGGCAACUAAUGUGGAAAAUGCAUUUGCAGAAGUUCUGACUCAAAUUUACAGAGUUGUUAGCAAGAAGGCAGUUGAGGGAGGAGAGAAUGGAGCUGCAUCUGCACCAGCCAAGGGAGAGAAAAUAGACGUAAAGAAUGAUGUGUCUGCCUUGAAGAGAGUUGGUUGCUGUUCAAGCUAGACGGGGAAAACACAGGUCAAUUGGUUGCUUUUGGCUCUAUUGUUCGUGUAACAUUGUGAGAAAGAUAAAAAAGAGGAUACCAGAAGAGAAACACAAUUUAUUUUUCCCAUAGCAUACUAGGCUUGCUGUGUAACGUUAGACAAUGUUUUCGAUUCACAAUAUGUUGUACCAGAAAGCAGAGCUUAAUGAUCAAUAGGAUCCGGGGAAGCAAGUUGAUAGCUUCGCGGCCUAAUUCGUUGGCAA